UUCUUCUCUCGUGAGUGACGUGACCUCGAACUUCGAAGUCUGAACGUCAACAUUCUCCGUAUUGUAUUCAUGUGUUAUUUAGUUGAUUCGCGGAAUAAUAUUGAUAUCCAUCAAUCAGAGCGCAACGGAACGGAAUAUUAAUUGCCGUAGCGAAAACGCGUGUUGUGUUGGUUGUUGGUGGACCAGUAUUCUUCUAACCCAAACCGUAAAGGGCGCGGCGCACCCACGCUUUUAAUUUAACUUAACCUACAAAUCGCCGUGUGCUUUGUGGUUGUUGGAGAUCGCAGUUUUUGUUGUUUUUGACAAACAUCUUUUCAUUUAAAUAGUCGUCAUGUCAUCUCCAAGAACAUGGACGGUGGUGUGUUUCGAAAGUGAUAAUGCAGUGCAGGCAGUUCCCACCAAGUGGAUAAAUGGAGAAAAUUGCCUGUGGCCAGUUUUACCCCAAGAAAAACUGAAUAGCGCCUUAAAGCACUGUGACUUCAACAGUUGUUGGCCAUCACAUAAGGUGCGAAUAUUUCGCAAUUCAACUUAUGACGACUAUUCCACGGCAAGAUCUAAAGCAGCUAAAGCGGAAUAUAGUAGCGACUUAAAUUCCGAACCUGAAACAAAAAGGCCCCGGAAAAAAAGAAUUUUGAGUUCUUCCGAGUCGGAGGAUGAAAUUAUAAGAAGGAAGAAGCCGCAGGGAAAAGUUAUCAAUUUACCGAUUCCUCCAACCUGGAGUAUGCCCAGCCUGUCGUUUGAUAGUGAGACUGUCACUAAUAAAGCUGCAUCCAAUACCAAUGAUACUAUAGAAACUCCUAUUCCUAUGGCCAAUUUCAGAGAGGCAAAUUUAAAAGAAACUGAUGUCUCAGCUGUUCACAACUGCAAAUGCAAUCCAAAAAUCCUGUAUAACAUACAGUCUCUUUUAAUUGAGGUGAAUGCCAAACUGGAUAAAUUAUCUGCAAACAGCUGUCAACCAUCAGUGGAAGGACCAUUAGUGCAAAAUAUUCUCGAAAAAAGUUCUAUAGAGCUGCCAGUAGACAGUCCUGAAAAAAUAGAACAUAUGGAAGAAUUUUUGGCGUCCGUCGAAAAUUACAAAUGUUUAGUCAUAUAUUUUGCCAAGAUGGGAGGCACUAAUUUAUACGACUUUGUCAAGAGAUGUUUGGCACCAGUCAUCUCGGACAAGACCGCAAUGACCUAUUCUUUUAUAGGUAGAAAAGGGAAAAAGAACUUUUCAAGUUUAAAGCUGUCGCAAGCAGUUAUUGAUUCCGCUGAGAGAAGUGGUCUCCAAAAAACUAGAAAAGAGACGGAAUAUGCUGUAGCCAUGUGGCUGCGAAAGGCGAAGGAAAGGUGUUUGAAACGAGCGUGACAUGAAUUGUAUAAGAAUUUUUAGCAAUAGCAGUAUACAUUUUUCAAAAGAUUUUUUUUUCAAUAAAAAUGUAUAUUUUA